UUCAAUUUCUGUAGAAUUAAAAUUAGUUGAUUGUGUAAAAUAUAAUAAAGAAAUUUUUCUUUACAACGAAAAGAUUAUUAUUCAGAUUCUUAUUUUUUCAAUUAGGUUUGUAAAAGAAAUAUUUUCGAAAUGAAGAUUACGCCUGAAUUUCUUUUACAAUUUACAAAAUUUGGAUCAUGUCUUACAUUAGCUUGGCCAUGUUUGAAUCAAGUUUCAAAAUUCAAACUUUUACUAAAGGACAUAUUAUGUUUUCUUUCGUUUUUUUCAACACUUUUUUUAUUUAUUCCUUUAUGUAUCUCUGUUUACGAAGAUUGGACUGAUCGAUUAAUUAUGACAAAAUCUAUUUGUCUUGCCUGCGCUACAGCACAAGUUUCCAUGAAGAUUCUCGUUUGCAGAAUUCAACGCCAUCGUUUUAAGAUUUUACUUCAAGAAAUGGUAGAAGUUUUAAAAGAAUAUAACAAAACUGAAAGAAACGUUAUUGAUUACUAUGUAAAGAAGCAUGUAGCGUUACAUUUGUCAUUAACCGUUUCGGGAUUCUUAACGGCGUCCUUUUUUGCUUUUGGACCUUUACUUUUAUCGACACCAUUACCAACUGAUGCCAAAUAUCCCUUUUCAAUAAAUUCAAGUUUCAUAAUGUUUAUUGUAUAUUUGCAUCAAAGUUCUGUUGCUCUACAAGUUGCAUCAGGAAUGUCCAUUGAUUGUUUGUGCGCUUCUCUGCUUUGGUUUACUGCAGCAAGGUUUAAAAUGUUAGCAGAUGAUUUUCAACGUGUACAAAAUAAGAGUGAUGUCUUUCUGCGGAUACGUCAACAUCAGCAUCUACUCAUCUAUGCAAAAACUUUAAAGAUGGCAAUACGUGGAGUAGUAUUUUCAACAAUAUUUACAGGAACAAUUGGUAUUGUUUUCGCUAGCGUUCUAUUUUUUACUCCGGAGCCAUUAAUGAUUAAAGCUCAAUUCGCAUUUCUCGUAUGUUCUGCCACAGUACUGGUCUUUUUAACAGCCUGGCCUGCUGAACACCUCAUAAUAGCAACUACCAAAGUGGGAACAGCUGCUUUUCAUUCUUCUUGGAUUGGUUUUCCACCAAAACUGUUAAAAUGUUGGAUUCUCAUUCUUAAAAUGUCACAAAAAAGUGUUACAAUAAAUAUUGCAGGUAUACUUCCAACUUUAUCUCUGGCUUAUUUUUUUCAAGUAAGUAUAUUAUUUUUAAAUAACACUUUAAAAGCGAUCGUUUAUCAAGAUCGUGGAGAUUCACUUAUAAUGUUACAAUCCAUGUUUGUCUCGUGUGGUGUUUCUCUCCUCGCGAGUAAAAUCGUUAUUUGCAGGAUUCAUCGCUAUAACUUGCAGUCCAGUAACAUUGGCAUGGAGAUUUAUAAUUCCUCAUGGAUAGGACUUUCUCCAAAAUUGAUCAAGUCAAUGAUAGUUGUGAUUAGAAGAUCACAGAAGCCGAUAACAAUGAGAAUAGGAGGUAUUAUGCCAAGAUUAUCUCUGUCAUAUUAUGCUCACGUCUUAUUGGAAUAUCUUGAUAAAACUGUAAGAAAUGUUAAUAGCCAAGAUGAAAUAUUAUUUCGCAAAUACAUUAGAGAUUCCAUUCCAUUGGCCUUUUCGGUAUAUACAUUGUACAAUAUAGUCGCAGUUGGAUUUACUUACAUGCAAUUAUGCAAACCAGCACUUAUUCUUCCAAAAGAAAUAUGGUAUCCAUUGCCACUUGAUCCAUUCAAGAGGAAGGUGUUUGAACUUACUCAACAAUUUAUCUACAUUUUUCACUCUGGUGUCUUGCAUGUUGCAGAUGGUAUACUAUUUAUGUCGAUGCAUAUUGCCCGAGCUAAAUUGACUGUUCUUUCUGAUAAAUUUCCACUUGCGAUCAAUGAGUCCCAGUUGCGAAGAUGCAUCCAACUUCAUCAGGAAGUAAUAUGGUUAACAUUAACUUGGCCACAAAGUGGCAGUAAACGGCAAAAGAUUGUUUACGAAUUAUUUUGGUGGUUCACUUUUAUCAAUGUAAUUCAUCUAUUCAUAGUACUAAUUAUGGGUGUUUUUCAUUAUCGAGAAAAUAUUGAUAUCUCGACUCAAGCUAUUGCUGAAUUAACAGCACUAAUGGAACCCUUUUUUGACAUGAUCAUUUGUAAAGUGCAAAGUAAACGAUUACAACAUGCACCAUUGACCGUAGUAUCGAAAUCUGUAAUGAUGGUGAUUGUUGCAAGUUUAAGACUUUUUUUAACUUCAUGGACUGCUGACGAUUUAAAGGAUCAAAGUGAAAAAGUUGCUGACUCUAUUUAUGAAUCGUCCUGGAUGAAGAAAUCUUCUAAAAUACAAAAGUAUUUGCCUAUUGUAAUUCUUCGAAGCCAAAAACCAUUGGUUAUAUCUGCCACUGGAAUAAUUGACUCAUUUUCUUUGGAAUAUUAUUCGUUUUUUCUCGCUACAUCAGCAAACUACUUUUUUAGAAUUCGAGCCAUUAUGUCAUAA